AUGGCGGUGGCGGAGACAUGGACUUGCUUCGACUGCGACUGGGACAACGAUGUGUCCCUCUCCGUGUGCGAGAUGUGCGACACUGCUCGUGACCUGAGCUGUGUUUCCCGGGCUGACCGCGAGGAUGCAUCGAUCGUUCAGGCCCGUCAGCGGGAGCUGGCCGAACUUCAGCAGAGAAGGGAAUCCGAGAUCCGAGCGACGAGGGCGCAGCAGGAGGAAGAGCAGCGCCGACGUCAGGAAGAACAGCAGCGCCAGCAAGAGGAGCGGCAGAGGCAUCUCCGGGCACAGAGAGCGGCAGAGGAGCGCCGCCAGAAAGAGGCAGACCUCUGGGCUUCCACGCGAAUGGCUCAGCUGAGACAGGAGCUACGAGGACUCCGUGGGCUCUCCACCAGCGCACGGAAGGCACACAUCCGAGCGCUUCAGCUGGAGCUUCACCCAGACAAGCAGCCGGAAGAACGCCGACAGGAGGCCAAAAGGUUGUUCCUUUUGGUCCAGAGCGAGUGGGAGACUCUUCAGUCUUCCUCGGAGAUGCCCUGGGAAGGGCAAUCGCCCAGAAGAGCUCAGAAGGCGCAGGCAGACUGGGCCCAACGAAGGGCGCAGACCUUCGAUGAGGCCAAGAAGGAGGCGAAGCCCCAGGCGCGCGCUCCACCAAAGCCGCCUUCCUAUCGGAAGGAUCCGCCCCGGCCGAAGACCAGCCACGAGCGGAAGCCCUCCGAGUUCCGCUUCUCCGAUCUCCCUGAGGACUCCGCGAGCGAGGACGAAGGAGACUGCCUAGAACUAGGUGCCCACUGGUGCGCGCAGGACGAGGACGAUGAAGGCACCGGAAUCGUCCCGUUGCUGACUUCUGGCCUCCGCUGCUUCCCGGAUGUGAUGCAGGCCUUUACGUCCAUCCAAAUCGGACGCAAGAGUCGAGGUCUUGAUGCCGAGAGGCCCGGACAUCCCUGGCGGGGGAAGAUGGAUAGGUUCGAGGCAGAAGCUUGGAGACUCUACGCGCAGCAUCAAUCUCAGAAAGGCUUCCACACCUUCGCCAUCGCAGAACACCUCCACAAGGCCAUGAGGUUGGAUCCCAACAGAGGGGAGCUGUAUUUGGACAGAGCGACGUACCGUGCCAGGCACGCCUGCGCCGAGCUCCUGCAGAACCAGGUGCCGGCAGAUCCCCACCGUAAGGAAUUGCAGCAAGUCCUCGAGGACUGCAAAGAGGCCAUAGCACGUGACAGCAGCCUCCUGGAGGCCUUUCAUCUGGCUAUUCGCAUCUGCUGCGUACGCUUGGAGCUGUCGGAGGCUAAGCGCCUGGCGGCUCGCGGACAUCGGGCUGCUGUUGCAGCUGGAGAUUCCGUCCGAGCAAACCAUUUCUCCGCUCUCCGGCGUUGCGCUCACGUGGUGCACUAUGGUCUGGAACGCGCGCAAACCGCUUUGCUGGCCAAGAAGCCGGAAGAACUCCUGGGACUGGUGGAGGCCAUGGAUGCCGUGGUGGAGCCCGAGCUGGAAGCCGUGUUGGCAAAGCGCUUGGCCACUCUACGGCAGCAGGCGUCCACGCAGCGGCAGUUCCAGGAGGCCUAUGCGUCGAUGGAGACCCCAUCUGAUGAGUGGGCUUCGGCCUGGGGCUUCUAA